AUGGGUUUGUUCUCUGAGUUGGUGGAGAGUUCUGGUUUGGAGCCAGAUUCAGUCAGCUUCAUUGGUGUUUUAACAGCUUGUGCUCACUCAGGGAAAGUAGAUAAGGCUGGAGAGUUUUUCAGAUUGAUGAGAGAGAAGCAUUCGAUUGAGCCAUCGGUAAAGCACUACACUUGCAUGGUUAAUGUGCUUGGUGGAGCGGGGCUUCUCGGAGAAGCGGAGGCAAUGAUCAAGAACAUGCCGGUGGAGCAAGACGCGGUUAUAUGGAGUUGUUUGCUUUCUGCUUGCAGGAGAACCGGUGACGUUGAGAUGGCUGAACGGGCGGCGAAACGUUUGGAGGAGCUGGAUCCUGAUGAAACUUGUGGUUAUGUGCUCAUGUCUAAUGCUUAUGCUUCUCAUGGGUUGUUCGAAGAGGCUGUUGAGCAGAGGGUUUUGAUGAAGGAGAGACGAAUGGAGAAGGAAAUAGGGUGCAGUUCGAUUGAAGUAGAUUUGGAAGUUCAUGAGUUUGUGUCUUGCGGGAAAAAGCAUCCCAAAUCCCCAGAGAUUUACAGUUUACUAGGUUUGUUAAAGUGGGAUGUCUCUGCACUAGAGUCAGAAGUUGGCUACUGCUCUUUGCUGAACAACUUUGUCAUUUAA